AUGGAGAAGAAAGCCCAGAAGGACAAACAGUGUGAACAGGCUGUGUACCAGGUACACACACACACAAUACACACAAUGUUUACUAUCUGAUUAUUAUUGGUGCUGCUGCCUCUAUCUGUCAACUACACUGAUCUGCUUCCAUCUCCUCUUCCCUCUCUACUCUCCUCCUCCCCUCUCUCCUUUCUUCCCCCUCUCCAUCUGUCCCUCUGUCUUCAGACUAUUCUGGAGGAAGAUUUGGAGGAUCCGGUCUACCAGGUAACUUCCAAACACCAAUCAAAAUGCUUCUCUAAUGCUGUUCUAUCCAAUCAGUAUGUUUCUCUCUAAUGCUUCUUGCAAUCUUUCAAUCUCCUUGCCUGUUUAUCUGUGUCUGUAGGGGAUUGUGGGGGAGUCCCAGGAUUCUUGUCAGAUGAAUGGAGUUGUCUGUGUGUGUGUAUGUGAGUGUGUGUGCGUGCGUGUAUGUGUGAAGUUUUCUGGGAUUGCUUGGGGGCGGGACCUACAGAUGAUUCUGUUUGACCAAUCACAUCUUUGCAUCAUAUUCUGAGCCUGUCCUUUUUCUUCUAUUCCUAUGUCAUAUUUGUUUCUUUAUUCCUCCUCUCCUCUCCCUGCUGCCUGUGUUGUAGUACAUUGUGUUUGAGGCGGGACACGAGCCCAUCCGCGACCAAUCAGAAGAGAGCAUUUAUCAGGUACAAGCCUCUCUCCUCUGCUUGGAUCUGAUUGGUGGAGUUGUGUUGGUGAUAGGAGCAGGGUUCCAAUGGGAAUAGAGAUUAUUUGAGAAUAGCCUCAGGGUCGUUCCAUGUCAUUUCAACAAGCCAUGACACCCAUCAUCUCAGAUUGUACUGAAAUCUCUGAGAAAUUAAGGUAUUUGUUUGCACCCAAAUUGGCCAUUUUAAUUUAUAGCAUUGAUAUAAUAUUAAAUAAAUAUAGUACCUAUCAUCCAAUUUGGGCCACACUUAUUCUAACAAUGAGUAAGACAUGAGGAAUCCAAAUAAAUUGUCAAAAGUCACCCAUGGACCCCCCCACACCCCACGCCAAUCCCACCCCAACAACGAGUAUAUAGUAUCAGUUGUUUAUGUCUGACAAGUAUUAUGGAGCUGCGGCUCAGAGUAUUAUUUCUUGAUCCAAUGUAAUGUAUUCUCAGUACAUUUCAUGGUGUUUCUUUUCCCCUGUUCAGAGAAAUUAGUCAUUGAAAUUGUUAGGUUUAUGUCCCAUCUUACAUCUUGAUAUUACCAGGUUCUAACCACUAUAUGGUGCUGUUCCUGCUAUUAGGUGAUGAAAAAAAAAAUCAAAUGUAAGUUAAUGCUACCUAUAUUAGCAUUUUCGCGCUUCAUAUCCAAAUCAUCUAUAAGUAAUGUCAUUGAGUUACACAAUCAAUUUUUUUAUGCUUUAUGAUGAUUUGGAUAUGAAGCGUGGAAAUGCUAAAAUAUAGCUACCAUUGACUUGCAUUGCAACAGCACCAUCUAGUGGUCAGAACUUGGUAAUAUCAGGAUGUAGGAUGGGACAUAAACCUAACUUCAAUUACCAAUUUCUCUGAACAAGGGAAAAAAACAUAACGAAAUUCACUGAGAAUACAUUACAUAGGAUGAAGAAACAAUACGCAGAGCCGCAGCUCCAUACUACUUGUCAGACAUAGAGAACUGUUACAAUAUAUUCGUUGUUGGGGUGGGAUUGGCGUGGGAUGUGGGAUGUCCGUGGGUGGCUUUUGACCAUUUCUUUGGAUGUCUAACUCAUUGUUAGAAAAAGGUUUGGUCCAAAUCGGAUGUUAGGUACUAUAUUUAUAAAUAUUAUAUGAAUCCUAUAAAUGUAUCAAUUAGCUUAAUUUCUCAGAGAUCAAAUUAUAUUUCAACAAAAUAAUGUUGCAGGAAUGCUAAUCUUAUCUGUUUCUAACAGAAAGAAAUUCAGAGCAAUCUGAGAUGGUGGGUGUCAAAAUCCUAUUUGUUGUUGUUCGAGGUGGAACGGCCCCUCACCAACCGCUUCACUACUGACAGACACACCACUGAAACCUGAGAGAAACAUUAACACACAUGCAUGAGUAAGCAGACCCCUCGUCCUUCCCCCUCUUUCUGAGGAGAUGAAAGAGGGAAAGAAAGAUUCAACACCAGGCUCUCGUUUGAUCUUUAAAAAUAAUAGAAUGAAAAUAGAGCUCGAUCUAACACACACACGCAAAAAGGCGUGUUAGAAUUGUGCCACAGAGGAACCAACAGAUGAAUAAAGAUCUGCCUCUGGAAAUAAACAACCAGAGAGAUGGAGAGAUGAAGAAGGAUGAGAGAGGAAAUAAACAAGAGAACUAGAGAAGAGAGAGAGGGAUUAGGAAAGAUGGAGGAGAGAUGGAGGAAGGAGAGAUGGAGAGAGUACUCAGGUGUUGGUAGUCAGACUGUUAUGACAGACGUUUUUGUCCCAUCAGGUUUUUAUUGACAUUUCCAUUCACAACAGAUCAAUCAGGUGGAUUAAUUUGAUAGUCUGACAUCGCAGGGACAAUCAAUCAUCAGUCAAUAGAACAAAACAUAUAGAGACGUUGUCCUGUAUCAAUCUGUCUGUAUCACAGCUCAGGAAAAGACCCAGAUGCAGACAGUUCGAAUAACGGACGUUUAUUAUACAAACAGGGGGCAGGCAAAGGACAGGUCAAGGGCAGGCAGAGGUCGGAGGUCCAGGGCAGAGUCCGUAAGGUACAGAGCGGCAUGCAGGCUCAGGGUCAGGGCAGGAAGAGGUCAGUAGUCCAGGGCAGUGUCAAACGGUACAGAACGGCAGGCAGGCUCAGGGUCAGGGCAGGAAGAGGUCAGUAAUCCAGGGCAGUGUCAAACGGUACAGAACGGCAGGCAGGCUCAGGGUCAGGGCAGGAAGAAUGAUCAAAACUGGGAAAACUUGAAAACAGGAGUACGAAAAACACGCUGGUAGGCUUGACGAGACGAACCGCAACAGACAAACAGAGAACACAGGUAUAAAUACACAGGGGAUAAUGGGGAAGAUGGGCGACACCUGGAGGGGGGUGGAGACAAUCACAAAGACAGGUGGAACAGAUCAGGGUGUGACAGUCUGUCUGUCUCUCUCUCUCUCUCUCUCUCUCUGUGACUUUGUCUCAAAAGACCCUAAUCCACAGGGUUUGGCCAAAAGUAGUGCACAACAUGAGGAAUAUGGUGUCAUUUGAGACAUAGCCACAGAAAGACAGACAGACACACCAGUUUAUUACAUGUCUCUCUCUGUGAUAAGAGCACAUUGAUCCACUUUAUUGGAGAGAGAGAAGGGGAGAGAGAGAGAGCUGCUCAUACAUCAGACUGAUAGACUAAAUGAAGCCUCAACUCAUAGAUUUGAAUACAGAUUACAUCACUCAUUCUCUCUCUCUCGCACGAACGCACGCACACACACACGCACAUACGCACACACACACGCACACACACCCUCAGAUGCAAGCUAUAAGGGACAAUAAUGUCCAGGCUUUAGUCUCUAUAUAUUUGUCUGUAAGGCUUUAUUUUAUAGUCUUGUGUUGCUUUGGUAUUUACUACGAUUGGUACUUUUUGGUACAUUAAAAAUGAAGGUUGUCGUGGUAACAAAAGCUAACGUGUGGUUGGUGGGCUGUGUGGUGAUUGGUUGAUUGUCCAGGUUCCGACCAGCCAACAGAAGGAGGGGGUAUAUGACGUCCCCAAGAGACACCCAGUGAGUCCAGCUGUGUGUGCCUGUCCCCCCCUUGUGUCCCCCGUGGUGCUAUGGUGUGUCCUGUGGAUACCCUGUGGUGUGGCUUUGUGGUGGUGCUGGGUGGAGUCGCUGUGUAUGUGGAUAGGAGUGGGUUUGGGUGGGGUUUGCUCUGUGCUAGGUGCUGGUUGCAUGCAGUGUGGUGGCAGGUGUAUGUGUGUGCAUUGCAUGCAGUGUGGUGUCUUGGUGAUGCAUGGCUGGCUGUGGUCUGCUGGUGAAUGAACAAACAUGAUCUGACAAUACUAGAACAAAACAGAUUGGUAAGAGAGCGAGUGUGUGUGUGUGUGUGUGUAUGUGUGUACACGCCUUUGUGUGUGUGUCAUUCAAGUUGACCUUGACCAUUGUCAGGAUGCAACAGAACUCUCCAUGUCCUUUUAUGAUCUUAUUAAACAUGGUAGUUAAACAUCUCUCUGUUUCAUUAGCUAAUAACUCUAUCCUCAUAACCAGUAUAGUAGCUAUUCUACACCUGCUACAACUACUCCAUCUCUGACACCUGUCUAAAAAACCCAAUUCUAACUGUAGGGAGGGUGCCUCACUGUCUGUGUAGAAAUUGCUACUAUAGCCAAAAUCUGCCCCCUUCCUCCUAUACUCCCACUGGUCUCUCCUAGCUCACACUGCAGAACACACACACACACACACACAAACACACACACACACACACACUGUACAGUCGUAAUCAGACGGUGUGGGUCGUGGCUGUCGGUUUUGUCCUGUGUUGCUGUAUUAUCCCAGCAGUGCUAAGAGGCUUAUAGCGGUGAGAUCCCACAGCCCUACUGCUGUCCUUAACCACCCCACAUCACUGACACCUAUUGGCUUUGUGUUCGAUACAUACCUGUGUGUGUCUGGUGUUAUUAUACGGUGCUAUAGCCAGUAGGGUCUGACACCUCUGUCUAAACCAUAUGCUUCACGGUCAUUUAGUCUGUCGCCUUCUGUCUCUCAAUGCUAUUAACACACACAUAGACACACACCCACACAUACACACAUACACACACACACACAAGCACGUACAUACGAAUGCACACACACACACACACACUCACACAAACACACACAUAAAAGAGACUUCUUAAAAGAGACUACUUAAAAGUACUACUUUAAUCUCCUGAGUCCUUGACCCUGUGUGAGUUUGCACAAUCUGUUGAUUUAAAAUGCCUCAUUCCCUGGCCCUGACCCAACAGAGGUCAGCCUAUUAUCAUCUGGCAAUGAAGCACAAGUAGGCUAGUGUGUGUGUGUGUGUGUAUGCAUCCAUGCACAUGUGUGUGUGUGUUUAGUGAGACAGGAGAUCAGCGAGGUGGGUGUUAAUUAAGGGGGCUGCAUUAAUCGUAUGCAAAACCAUGCCCAUACUAAUUACUGUUUCCUCAGAGACCAAUAAUUGAAAGGUGGUUGUCGCAGUGAUGAGGAGAAAGGGAUGGGCAGAGAGAGAGUGAUAUAGAUGGAAGAGGAAUCUGAUGUAAUGAGCUGUGUGUGUGUGUGUGUGUGUGUGUGUGUGUGUGUGUGUGUGUGUGUGUGUGUGUGUGUGUUGUGUGUGUGUGGGUGUGUGUGUGUGUGUGUUGUGUGUGUGUUUGUGUGUGUGUUUGUGUGUGUGUGUGUGUGUGUUUGUGUGUGUGUGUGUGUGUGUGUGUGUGUGUGUGUGUGUGUGUGUGUGUUUGUGUGUGUGUGUGUGUGUGUGUGUGUGUGUGUGUGUGUGUGUGUGUGUGUGUGUGUGUGUGUGUGUGUGUGUGUGUGUGUGUGUGUGUUUGUGAACAGUUAAAGUAUCUACAUGUAAUAUUCUAUCCCUCCACCUCAACUCACCCUCAAAUCAAAUUAAAUCAAAUGUUAUUUGUCACAUGACCUUACCGUGAAAUGCUUACUUACAAGCCCUUAACCAACAAUGCAGUUUUAAGAAAAAUAAGAGUUAAGAAAAUAUUUACUAAAUAAACUAAAGUAAAAAGAAAGUAACAAUAAAAUAACAAUAACGAGGCUAUAUACAGGGGGUACAGAGUCAAUGUGCGGGGGUACAGGUUAGUCGAGGUAAUUAAGGUAAUAUGUACAUGUAGAUAGGGGUAAAGUGACUAUGUCUCCAUGUGUCUGUUUUUGUUUGAGUGUCUGAUACAUAAUUUCUCUGUCUGGAUGUUUCCAUUCCAUCUGCCAUCCCAUGUGGCUGUGCAGAGUACUCAGAAUGCUCAUCAUCCUCAUCAUCAUCAACAACAUCAUCAUCAAGAUCAUCAUCAUCAAUAUCAUCAUCAUCCUCAUCAUCAUCACCAACAACAACAUCAUCAUCAUCCAUCAUCAUCAUCAUCAUCAUCAUCCAUCAUCAUCAUCAUCAUCAUCAUCACCAGCAACAUCAUCAACAACAGCAGCAGCCAGUGGAGAGCCACUCACUGAUAUAUAUCAUGGAUAUGGACAGUGUAUGGACACCACAGGUAAGGUGCACUGUGAAGGACUAGCCUGCUCAACUCUUCAUACACAAGUCUCUGGGUGCAGCCUGCCAGGGUUAUAAGGACAAUACAAAUGAUAGAGGAGAAAAAGGCACACUCACUGAAAGUGAUCUAUAUUUUUGUAACCCUCUGGCUGCUACAAAUGAAUGUAAAACGACAGUGGGGGGGGGGUGGGGGGGGGGGGGGGGGUAGAGAGAGAUGGUAAAGAGAGUGAGAGGAAGAGAGGGGGAGAGAGGAGGGUCUUUAAAGCUGACAUCAGAGAGACAGAGAAGAUGAGGGGAGAGGGAGGUGGUCAGGUCAGAUGGAGGGAUGGGAGGAGGUGAAGGGAUGGGGAUGGAGAGGGAUGGAGGGAUGGGAGGAGGUGAGCGGGCUGAUGGUCAAGAUGGUCAUGUUGUCCACAGAUUUCGCUCUCCUGUUUCAACCGAGGAUUGCUCAGUACGACCCGACGUAUUGGCCUCUGUCAAAAGUGCUUAUGGGAAUUUCUUUUGGAUGCCACCAAAGGGAUCACUCACUCACUCUCACAGCUCCUCUGUACUCAGAGGAUAUACCAGCUCGUUUAACGCCAGUCUACGUUAUGGGCCUCGGUCAAAAAGUAUGCACUCAUACUUGGAAAGGGUGCUUUGUGGAUGCAGCCCUUACACAAUGGUCACAGUCACAUUAGUAACACACUACAGUGACCACAUUGACCACAGAGGCCAGAAGUGACCCUCCCUCAGCUCUGGGAGAUUCAAACUAACACUAUCAUAGGUGUCAGUAGGUUCAGUUAAAAGAAAGACAGAAUAGCAUCAGUGUACAGUAUAUACACUAUCUUCCUCAGUGGCUUUCUAUCAGUCAGUAAUAGUAGUUAACUGAACUCCUCCUCUGUCCUCCUCUCUCACUAACAGCACAGAUACUCCAUUCAUCUGUAUGGCUAGAAACGACACGCUCUCUGAUCCAUUAUCUGAUAGAUAGAAAGAAGUAGAACACACACACACACUUUAAGCAUUGGAAUAUAAUAAGAGCGUCAUGGUCUAUGUGUGACCUAUUAGUUUAACUAGCGGAGCCAGAAGGCAGACGUUGUUAUCUGUGCAGACAUUAUCCCCAGAACCCUAUACAGCAAUAUACUGGAGCUAUAUGUAUCUCUAUAGAGGGCUCUGAUUUUUGCUAAUCUCUGACCAUGUAAAUCCUCACAACUUUAAUAACUAAAAAAAGACUCUUAUUUUCUCCAGUCACCACAGGGAUAAAGACCUUAUUAAUGUUAGAAAGAGAUUGAUGUAAAAAAAAGAGACAUGUUAAAUAGAUAGAUAUGAAAGAGAGGGAUUUUGAAGAAAGAGAGGUGUGUGUAUAUAUAGAGAGAUAUGAGAGGAUAUUGAGAUUUGUAGUUCAGAGUAACUUGAAUUUGGUAGGUAUGUCACCUCCACCAAUAAUAUUACUCCAUGACAUCAUCAUCUAACGCGUCCCUGUCCGUCUACCUGUGGCGCUGUUUGAUGAUGUCACUGUGCCCGACAGAGGUAGGUACCUGGUUGCGUGAGGCAUGUUGCGUGUUCCGUGUUUUCGUGAAAGGUGUUGCAUGUAUGUUGGGACACGCAAUGCUGUACGUUGCUAUUGUAGCCAUGACGUCUGACGGCUGUGAACUCUCUUUCUGAUUGGCAGAAUAUCAACCAAUUAGAGCUUUUCGGAGACAUCUCCACACUCCCGGACAUCUACUCACCCUCGGUGAGUACACCCCCCCUCCUCUCUACCUCUCAUGACCUUUGACCUGGUUUAGCUGAUGGAGGAAUCAUGUUGUUUGUAUUGGCUGGUACGAAUCAAGCAUACAGUGAACUGUAGUGUAAGUGUGUGUCUGUGUGUCUGUUUGGCUGUUUGGCCUGCCACCUGUGGGUGUAAAGUGUUUUUAACCUGUUCCUCUCCCUUUCCCUCACCCUCUCCUCCCCCAGACCCCUGCCUCUCCAGCCAACACCCUGGACACCUCUCUGGGCCUGCAGCCCCUCACGGAACUCUUCAACCCCUUCAACCCCGCCUCUGUACCCUCAGGUAGGAACUCAUCUCUCCUCUCCUCUUUGCAGCAGAGCUGGAAUAAGCAGCUCUGAGAAGAGAUGAGUCUGAGAGUUAUAAUGAGUCUGUGUGACUGUCUGAGUAGAUCUAUGUAUGAUAAUGACUGAGGCUCAUUGUGGACGUAAUGAUCAUAGUUCAGCAGGACCAUUAAGACACAAUAUUAACUACAGGCUAAGGUAGGUCACUGUACUGCAGUGGUACAUGGGGUACUCUGUGUGUUUAUAUAUGUGUGUGUGUGUGUGUGUGUGUGUGUGUGUGUGUGUGUGUGUGUGUGUGUGUGUGUGUGUGUGUGUAUAACUCGCUCGUCUCCUCUCUCUGUCCAGGUUACGUGGCGAUGGGAGCGGUACCUCCAGGUCAGGUGUGGUCGCAGCAGGCGUUUGCUGCCCAAGCAGGUCCUCUGUUUGGAGUCCAGUCCCCCCUGGGUCAGUCCCUCCCUGUGGCCCAGGUCAUGCCUGGAGGCCAGCCUCUCAUCUGGGGCCAGGCCAACCUCUUCCCUGCUACACAGCAGCAGUGGGCCGCCAUGACGGGAGCAGGUAUAUACACACAGACACAAACAUGUAUGUAUGCACGCACGCACGCACACACACACACACACAGGGAUGAACUAACGCACGCAUGCUCACACACACACACACACACACACACAGUAAAGUGUAUUGUCCUGUAUCUAGGGUUCCCUGCUACAGCCUACCUCCCAGCCCAGCCAGGGUCUCUGCCUGCCAUGUUCCUCCCUGUCAAUCAACCCUGCGACAGCCUAUCAUCUGCCAGUGCUGCCUCUAACCCCACCCCCUCAUCAGCCUCAAGUCCACAGCAUGCAGAGAGGCAGCAGCAGAAGAUGAGCAAGGUAGGAUAAUUUUAUUCAAUGUAUUUUAUUUAAACAUUCUAUAACCAAGCAAGUCAAUGGAGAACCAAUUCACAUUGAUAGUAAUGGCCUGGCCAAGACGCAAAAGCUCUAUACAAUAGCUUUUUAUUGGCCAACAUUUUUCAUAGUGUGUCUUUAACAUCUUCUGCACUCUCUGUAGGAGAUGUUUAAGGACUUCCAGCUAGUGAAGCCCCCUGCCAUGCCAGCUAAAAUGGGGGACCAGCACCACUGUCUAGCUGGGACCUCGGAGGCCUUCAGCUCCUAUUUCAACCGCGUGGGGACCGCCACCGAUACAGACGACUGUGACGACUUUGACAUCUCUCAGCUCAACCUCACUCCUGUCACAUCCACCACGCCCUCCACUAACUCACGUAUGUACACAGUCAUGGCGGUUUGAUUUGUGUUUAUAGCCAGAUUACGCUCUGUUUGGAAGUUCCCUCCUCCCUCCACCCCUCAUACCGCUCUACCUCCAUCUUUGCCUCAACUCCCUUUUCUUUUAGAUUUUAUGUAUCUCAUUUUAUUAAUUGUAAUUUGUCAUCAUCAAUAAAACUACAGAGAGACAGUUGCUGGGGAGGUAUUUUAUCUGAUUUAAACUCAAGAAGAAUGCUGACUCUCUGCACUUCCACCCCAUCUCUCUCCCUCUCCACCCCUCCCCCUCUCCUUCCCCAGCUCCGACCCCGGCCCCCAGACAGAGUUCUCCGUCUAAAUCGGCGUCGUCUCAUGUUAGUGACCACAUUGACCAUAUCAGUGACCCCACCACAGACGCCACCGACCCCCCCACAGAUGACUCGUUCGGCGAGGUCGAGGGCAGUCCAAGCCGAAGUGGAGAGGAGGAUGCGGUGAGUACCUGUGUGUGUGUGUGUGUGUGUGUGUGUGUGUGUGUGUGUGUGUGUGUGUGUGUGUGUGAGUGUGUGUGAGUGUGUGUGAGUGUGUGUGUGUGUGUGAAAUGAGAUCUGUUGAUGAAUAGGCUGUGUAUCAGCACGUUGGACUAGGUAAUCACUCUCUGUGAUUGGCUACUCUUGUGGCUGGCCUGUGUGUGUGUACAUGUGUGUGUGUGUGUGUGUGUGUGUGUGUGGUGUGUAUGUGUGGCCAGUAAAGUGUUAAAUGAGCUGCUGGAGGUGUCAGAUCAUUAGGAUGUUAUUAAUGAUAGCAGGUAGCUCCAUACAUCACUUGCUCUAUAGCACCCUGUUAUUAUUCAACUGAUGAACUAGGGUCUUUUCUAGGGCAAUUAAUAUUUAUUAUACACCUGGAUUCAAGAGAGGGAGAGAAGGAGAGAGUGAGAGAGAGUGAGAGAGAGUGAGAGAGAGUGAGAGAGAGAGAGAGAGAGAGAGAGAGAGAGAGAGAGAGAGAGAGAGAGAGAGAGAGAGGUACAGAAACAGGGCAGUGAGACAGAGAUACAUAGAGAGAGGAAUGGGAGACUAUUUAAAUGAAAGCACUGGAGUCACAAACCUGACAAUGGUGAAAAAAACUGAAUUGGAAGCGAUGCCUUCUACCGUUGAUUCUAAGCCAGUCAGUCAACUCCCAAGUACUCUAUCUUCUGAAAGAAGUGUGACUCAGCUGAGCCAGUGGAGCUCAUAUUCCUGUUGAGGAAAACAAAAAAAAAGGGGGAAAGGGAAAGAAAAAGAGAGAGGAAAAAGAAGAGAGAGAGAAGAGAGAGAAGAGGGAGAGAGACGAGAGAGGGAGAGGGGAAAAAACCCCCGGAAUGGGGGAGGAGAGAAAAGAGAGAGAGAGAGAAGAGGAGAGAGAGGAAAACCCGAGAGAAAAGGGGAAAAGAGAGAAAAGAGGGAAGAGGGGAGAGAGAGAGAGCAGGAGAGGGGAGAGAGAAAGAGGAAGAGGAGAGAGAGAGAGAGGGGGGAAGAAAAGUAGGGCGUUCUCACCAUUAGAGAUGUCAGUUGAGUGCUCUCGACAGCAACAGUCAACAUUACGCUUUACGCAACUGAAUGAAACAGGCCUGUAUGGGAGAGAAGGGGGAGAAAACCGAAUGAAACGGGCCCUCCCACUCUUCUGUGGUGAGGAGGGGGAAAGAGUGAAGGUUUAGGGAUCAAUGGGAGUGGACCCAAAAAAUUUUUUUAAAACCCUGGGGGGGGGGCGUUGUGUCUGUGUUUGUGUGCCCGGUGCGUGGGGGGCUGUGGCGUGUCGGGUUUGUCUGGGGUGCGGGUGUGUUGGGUGUCUGGUGUCUGGCCCUUUUCCCCUUUUAAAAAAAGGACACCCUGCCCGGGGGGGAACCCCUUUUUUUACCGGCGGCCAACAAAACAGGUGAUUUUUAAAAAGGGGGGAGGGAGGGAGGGGGGAGGGGAGGGGGAGGGGAGGGAGGGGGGGAAUUUUUUUUUUUUUUUAAAAGGGGGGGAAGGGGGCGAAGGGAUGUCAAAACAGAGAAUGACCAAAGGAAACAAUCUUUUCCAAUCCUCUCCUCUCCUAAAUCCUCUCCUUCCUCUCCUCUCCUCUCCCUUCCCCUUCCUCUCCUCUCCUCUAAUCUACUAUUCUCCUCUCCUCUCUACUCCUCUCCUCUCCUCCCUCCCUCUCUCCAGGCGUGUGAGUCUGGGUCUCCUUGUCCCAGUGAGACAGCAGGUUCUAGUCCAGCCCAAACCAGUCCACCUGCCGACAGCUAGAUAUAUGCUGGGUAGGUAUCUAUCCAUCCAUCCUUGCUCUCCUCCCUCCUUCCUCUGCUUUCUGUAAGCCUGCCUUCUCCACACACACCUUUACUGAUCUUCUGUUCACCCUCUCUACUCUCUCUCUCUCUCUCUUUCUCUCUCUCUCCAGUCUUCCCUUUUUAUUGUGCUCUCUCUUAUCCUGUCUGCUGCAUCCUCUGAUGAUAGCAUGGUGUGUCUGACUGCCUGUGGUUGUGUUGUGUGAUUAUGCAUCUGCGCAUGUGUGUGGUUCUGCGUCAGUGUGUGUGUUUGUUGUGUGUGUUGCGUCUUUUUGGGACUAUGUGUUCUCUCUCCCUAUAGCCACCAGAGGUGUGUGAGUAUCUCAAUAAAGGACUGUGUGUGUGUUUAAAACUCACCAUGCAUGGCCACGCUGUCAUGAUGUCAGUCUGUUUGUCUCGAAUGGGGGGGACGGACUCAAUAUUAGGAAGGUGUCCUCAAUGUUUUGUACACUCAGUGUAUAUACUGUACUGUUUAUGAUGUUAUAUGAUGUCAAAUGUAAUAUGAUGUCAGAUGUAUAUGUCCUGGACUGCAGUUCAGGGUUAGAGAUAGAGUCAGUGUUGUAUUGAAGAGACUUUCCUCCUAUGGCUGUGGCUUCCCUUUAUCACACACACAUACACACACACACACACACACACACACACACACACACACACACACACACACACACACACACACACACACACACACACACACACAAGCAAGCUGCCUAUAGUGUGGGUGUAAUGAUAGGUGGUGUCAGUCAGUCAGGCCCACACACAUGGAACUAUGUAAUGACAGUGUUUCUAUCAGUAAUACUGGGCUGCCACCACUAAUAACUGGGUGAUAUGAAUUAGCAUUCAGUCAUAUCCAGGAAGAACACUAAACCCAAUCACUGAGGAGCAGGAGGGGGGGAGAGAGGGGGGAGUAGGAGGAGGAAGAGUAGGAGGAGAGAGGCCAGUGGUAUGUUUGUGGUCUAAUCACUGGGCCACAUACUGACAUACACACAAAUGUACAUUUAUUUGACUCACACACUCAAAGGUUCCCUCUGCAUACAAUAGAAUUCUCAAAUAUGGCAAUUCCACUCAGGAGUCAAAUAUGGAAGGGCUGGACCAAUCAGUCAAUCACGUGUCAGAGUGAACCUAUGUAACUCCCUGCUGUCAGGCUGACUGCAGUGCAAUUAUGUGUAUGAUAAUAACACAGGCCUGCUCUGACUGUUGUAGUCUGUAGACAUCUCCAUCAAACCUGCUGUGAUAUGUCUCCCACACAUACUCACACACUGCUGUAGGAGGGAGGUAGACAGCAGUGUGUGUCACACACACAUGCACAUGCACACACGCACACAUGCACGCACGUGUACACACACAAACACUCCGACAGUGAUAGAUCCAUUGUUCAAAGUUAGGAUCUGACAAGCUGAGGUGGGUGGAGAGAGAACACACACAAAUGAGGGCCCAAUCCCAAAUGGACCCCAAAACCCUACGCCCUAUGCACUUGUGGAGAGGAUUUGACAGGUGUAAUAGCGCCAACUUGCGCUCUGAUAGGCUAGGUGGAAGUUUCACCAUAUUGCUUAUACCAACAAAAUCCUCUCAGAUCUUCAUAAGUGCAUAGGGUUUAGGUAAGGUUUAGGGGUCCAUUUGGGAUUGGGGCUACACACUCUCUGUCCAGCAAUACCCUCAGCCUCGGCAACAUGGCUGGUCUCUCUGUCUCCAGCAGGGUGCUACUGCCAUCUGGUGUUGACAACAGGAACUGCAUGUGUUGCAGCUGGAGAAAGGGUCUGUGAGUAGAGGAAGUAGAUAGACUACUAGGGAGUAGAUAGACUACUAGGGAAUAGCUGACCUGCGUUCAGACCCAGUGGGUCAUGCUAAUGCUAACUGUAGCUCCUCUCUGUCUGCAGGGGAAGGAUCUCUGUCUGCAGGGGAAGGAUCCUCUCUACGCCCAGAUCAACAAAGGGAGGAAAUAAAGAGACACACUGAACACUGGACUGACCUGCCAACGCUGACCAACCAACCUGAUGUGUGUGUGGGCACACCUUCUCUUUAUCAGCCUUUGCCUCUGCCUUCUCUUUACCUAGUAAUUUCACCUUCCCCUCAUCCUUGUCUUAGCCCUUUACCUUCUUCUCCUUCUCCUCCUUGCCGAAGACUCUGGGUGCGAUGCCCCCCUUCCCCUGGAGGGAGGAGAGGAGGGAGGGUCGAGCUCCGGGCCGUAGGGAGUGUGAGUUGGAGGGUGUGUGUGAUGUGGGGUUGAGGGAAGGAAGGGAGUUUGUAGGACUGUGAGGAGGAAGCAGGACUUCAGGUUUCUCAGGGAGGGCAGAUUUGGUCCUGGGCUGCUUCAGCACCAACACUUCCUCAGCCUGGAACUUUGCCCUCAAGGACUUGAAGUCCAGAGAGUCUUCUUCCUGUCAGACAGAGAAAGGAGGGGGGGGGGGGGGG